UUUUGUAUUUUAAGGUUGGGAUUGAAUCGUCAACACCGCUUCGAUCUCGUCUUAUCCAUUGUUGAUCGGAGAUGAUGAUGACGUCGAGGAUGACGACGAUCACAAUGAUUCACGCCGCUGCUCCUCCUCGCCGAUUUCCCGGCCCAAGCUGCCCCCGCCGCCCAUUUCUCAAAACCCUAAAACCCCAAUUAAGAAUCCUCACACUCACAAACUCCUCUGCGCACCCUCCUCCUCCCUCCAUCUCUGCAAAACCCUCUUCUCAGUUGCGAAAAACUCGGAACACCGCCGUCGACGACGACAGCAAGCUCACCGCGCUCCGCUCCCUCUUCUCCACUCCUAGCAAUGCUAUUGACGCUUAUAUUAUCCCUUCUCAAGAUGCUCAUCAGAGUGAAUUUAUUGCUGAGUGUUAUAUGAGGCGGGCAUAUAUAUCGGGAUUCACCGGCAGUGCUGGCACUGUGGUUGUCACAAAGGAACUGGCAGCUCUUUGGACUGAUGGGAGAUAUUUUCUCCAGGCAGAGAAGCAGUUGAAUUCUAGCUGGACUCUCAUGCGAGCUGGUAAUUCAGGGGUGCCGAGCACUAGUGAAUGGCUUAAUAAUGUUCUGUCUCCAGGCAGCAGAAUUGGCAUAGAUCCUUUCCUUUUCUCUUCCAAUGCUGUAGAAGAACUUAGAGAGGCUAUGACCAGUAAUAGUCAUGAGUUGGUAUAUUUGUACGAGUAUAAUCUCGUCGAUAAGAUUUGGAAUGCAAGGCCAAAGCCUCCAAGUAAUCCGAUUAGAGUGCAUGAUCUUAAAUAUGCUGGAGUUGAUGUGUCUUCAAAGCUGUCUAACCUGAGGUCUGAAUUGAGUAAUGCUGGCUCAUCUGCAAUUGUCCUCUCCAUGCUCGAUGAAAUUGCAUGGCUUUUAAACUUGAGAGGGAAUGACAUUCCACAUUCACCUGUAAUGUACGCGUACUUGAUUGUGGAGGCUGAUGCUGCAAAAUUGUUUGUUGAUAAUUCUAAAGUUACUCGGGAAGUUGUGAGCUACUUGAAAAGUGCAGGUGUAGAGUUGAAAGCGUAUGAAUCAAUUCUUUCUGAAAUAAAAAGUUUAGCAGCAAAAGGGGCACACCUUUGGUUGGACACAUCAUCUGUUAAUGCGGCUAUUGCAUCCAUAUACGCAGCUGCCUGUGAUGAAUAUAGUGGGGGAGUUGGGAGCAAAACCAAAGUCAGGAACAGCACUACUGGUCAUUCUGGAGGGCCUCCGGCUGCAAUUUAUAGGCCUUCUCCGGUCUCACUUUUAAAGUCUCUUAAAAAUUUUGCUGAAUUGGAAGGGAUGCGCAAUUCUCAUCUUAGGGAUGCAGCUGCUCUAGCUCAGUUUUGGGACUGGUUAGAACAAGAAAUUCAAGAAGAUAUUGUAUUGACAGAGGUAGCAGUUUCAGACAAACUUCUAGAAUUUCGUUCCAAGCAAGCUGGCUUUGUUGGCACGAGCUUCGACACUAUAAGUGGUUCUGGUGCAAAUGGCGCAAUAAUACAUUAUAAACCAGAACCAGAUAGCUGUGGCCUAGUAGAUGCUAAAAAACUUUUUUUAUUGGAUAGUGGAGCACAAUAUGUUGAUGGAACAACUGAUAUCACUCGAACAGUACAUUUUGGUGAACCUUCCGCAUGGCAAAAAGAAUGUUUUACCCGGGUUUUACAGGGCCAUAUAGCUCUGGAUCAGGCUGUCUUUCCGGAAAACACCCCAGGCUUUGUAUUGGAUGCUUUUGCUCGUUCUUCCCUUUGGAAAAUCGGGCUUGAUUAUCGGCACGGUACUGGGCAUGGUGUUGGAGCUGCUCUUAAUGUUCAUGAAGGUCCUCAAAGUAUUAGUUAUCGUUUUGGAAAUACGACCCCGCUGAUGAAAGGCAUGGUUGUUAGCAAUGAACCUGGUUAUUACGAGGAUCAUGCUUUCGGCAUCCGUAUUGAGAAUCUUCUUUAUGUAAAAGAAGUGGACACUCCAAAUCGCUUUGGAGGUAUUGAAUAUAUUGGUUUUGAAAAGCUCACAUUUGUUCCGAUACAGGCAAAAAUGAUAGACAUGUCUUUGCUUUCUGUUACCGAGAUCGAUUGGCUCAAUGAGUACCAUUCUCAAGUUUGGGAAAAGGUCUCGGUAUUGCUGAAUGAUUCUCCUCGCGAGUGGCUUUGGAGAAACACACGUCCACUUGAGAAAGUGUAACUUACGAUGGUUUUGGCUUUGAAACCCACGACACUUGUCAGAGCCUAACUUAUGAUGGCUUUGUGUCCAAUUGCUUCUGUAUGUUGUUCUGCGAGUGGAAGCUUCUAUAACUUUGGAAAGUAUAUGUACAUAAAUCAGAUAAUUUGCUUGAUAAAGUAAGAAGCAUGUAUGAACGCUUUUACUUGAAUCUUCUAGUAGACAUCUAGGGAGAUGAAUUGCUUAUAUGGUUAUACCUUCCCAUUAAUUUAUACAAUGUAAACCUUGCAAAUGGUAUAAUGCUUAUAGUGCUUAAGGGUUUGACUUGUUUCCAUUA